CAUGAAGACAUCUCCGAAGUUCGUUCUCUACCUGACAUGUUUCUUCUUGGGGAAAAUGGGUGAGUUGUUUCAGAUGCAUCAUUUUAUCUUGUCUAAUCACGAGAACGUAUUUAAAUCAGUUAAUGUUGGAGACAACUUGACUUUGCCGUGUUUAUAUGAGGAGAGGGACAAUAGGAUGAAUUGGUACAAACAAACACCGGGACAGAAACCUCGAAUUAUCUCAAUCAUCUACAGAUCCACUAAAACAAUUUCGAUAGCGAAUGAAUUCAAGGACAAUCCACGCUUGACUGUGGAAACUAUUGAUGAUGUGAGUCACCUUAAUAUCUCAGAUCUGCAGCUUUCAGACUCAGCUACUUACUACUGUUCAAAGAGAGAGAUAUAUGUGUUUGAGUUUAUGCAAAGCAUCACUGUCAGUGUGAAAGGUUCAGGGUCUAACAUCCAGGCUCUGGUGCAUCAGUCUGAGAGCAUCCAGCCAGGAGGCUCUGUGACUCUCAGCUGUACAGUUCACACUGGGACCUGUGAUGGAGAACACAGUGUUUACUGGUUCAAGAACUCUGAAGAACCUCAGCCAGGACUCAUUUACACCCACGGAGACAGGAACGAUCAGUGUGAGAGGAAACCCGACACACAGACACACACCUGUGUCUACAACUUGUCAAUGGAGAGACUGAACCGUUCUCAUGCUGGGACCUACUACUGUGCUGUCGCUGCAUGUGGACACAUUGUGUUUGGAGACGGGACCAAGCUGGAGUUUGAUGAUGAAGUGAACUGGUUGGUGUAUUUCCUGAGUGGAGCUUUGGGAUUCACCAUCAGCCUUUUGCUGGCUGUGUUACUGUACAAGAUAAACAAGAGAAGAUGCUGGAGAUGUUCAGAGUCUCGUACACAACCAUCAUCUCUCUCCACAACAAAUGCAGAGGGCAACCAACAUGCAGAUGACCUCCAUUACGUUGCGUUAAAUGUGAACGUGGCCAGCAGAUCAAGACGACAAAGGGACAACACAAACGAUGAAUGUGUGUACUCAAGUGUUAAACUGUAG